AUUUUAUUGGCAAACUGGUUCUCGUUGUGGCUUCUACGACAACUGGGCCGCUGAUCAAAACACCGACAGUCAGACGUCUCGGCGGCAAACCAACUUUGGCUAGAAAGUGGGAAAUACAUAUCCAAAUAUUGGAUUUUAACUAAAAUUAUAGUGUUUUAGUAAGUCUAACGAACUGAAAUGUUCAAAAACUCUUAAUAACGAUUUAUUGAAUAACUGAACAAGCGAUCCCAUAGUUAACAACCGCUUUUAACCGCGAAAAGUACGCGUACCCUCUUGCAGAAUGACUGUAACGCCGAAAAUUAUCGAUUCGCGUCUCUUGAUCCAGGUGCUGCAUUACUCCACAUAGCAACUGUUUUGAUUGGCUUUCACUGGAAACUAAUUGAGCCGAAGCGGAAAAUUCUAUAUUGAUUUAUGCCGAAAAAAAACAAAAAGAAAAGCUGCCCUGGUAUGUAAAUAAGAAAAAAGUUGACCAUACGAUUGCGUUUAAAUCUUCGUUAAGCCAGCACUCUGCGUGAGACAGGGCCAGCUUCGAAACUGGGUUUCGCUUUUAUUUUGUGCAAUUAUCACAUUAUUCAACUGAGAGUAAUUAAGAUGUGUGAAGAAUUGUUUUAUUUAUUGCAUAUAGCCAUACUAAAUAUAGAGGGAAGAUAUACAGCAUAUAGUACUGUGAAGUAUGAUACAGAUAAGCCUACCGUUAGCACAUAAAACUCUAUACUUCCUUAUCGUCUUUUACGUCAUUAACAACGCUCUUUUGGAGUCGUGAGGAUACAAUUAUAGUUCUGUAUAGAUUUUUGUUUACUAGUAAAUGGGACAACAAAAAGGAAUGAAAACAUUAACCAUUCCGCCCCAACCUACUGUGUGUGUUAAAAAAUACAACAUGUUUCCUUUUUUUAUGCGGAGAUGCGCGUUUAGAGGUAAAUUACAGUAGGCAUUGGCUCUUAUGCUGUUGGUGGCGGCAGUUAGGUCGAAAUAACGAGACGUAUUCCAAAGGGCUUAGGUGUAUUAUAAUAUCUGCGGUCGAAUACAUUGUAUAAGUGGAAAAAAACGUGUUGCGGUUCUCCCUGUGGUAUAUAGCGGUUACUGAAAGCAGCUGCUUUCCAAAAAGUGCAUUAGGGGCGCGGUUAGAUGUGUUAAAUAAGACACUUCUGCUUAAGGUCGGGCAAAAUUGGCAGCGAACAAAGAUAGCUGUAUACAUGGCCUAUAUGUUUUACGCAGAGUGGCCAUUUCGUCGGUGCAUUUACGCACUUGCAAUAUUUAGAAUUCGAGAUAAGCGCCCGCAUGACUGUAAGUUAUUUAAAGCUGGUACUUUGUAAGUCUAUGAGAGCAAGAUAAAAGCGGUGCCACAUGGGUUGUAGGUUGUAGGUGUGUGAGAAUUAGGAGCUGUAUGAGGCCUUUGGAAAAUGAACAGGGGCAUAAAUUAAGAGAACAAGACAAAAAGUAAAUUUCUUAUUGUGGACAAACUUCGCUUUUAGGCGAACAUAUGUCGCCCUGAAAUUCAAUCAUUAGACAUUCCGUCGUUUAUCUUGUUUCGUAAAAUCAUUACAACGAUUUUUAAAUGGUUGUUAAAAGUGUAAACUGUGUGCUUCAGGUGAUUAGUCAGGGUGGAACGUUUUUUUUUUGUCAAGCUGUUCGAUUUAUUGUUCGUUUUGUAAUUUGCAUGCAAAGGAAUAUACAAAUACAAUAGGUGGCAUUUCGUCUAUUAAGUACCGUUGGGUAAGAUGGGACACCUUUAGCACAUACUAUCCAAAAACCCUGAUCGUGUUUUAAACAAUAAACAGCAGUUUUCGUGAAGAUAAGGUUUUAGAAUAUUUUGUAUGUUACUUGUUUACCACCAAAUAAGACGAGAAAAUAAAAAAGGUGUCCCAUCUCCCCAACCCUAUCUAUAUUUUACGAGUUUUUGUCUUUGUGAAACGGGUAAUAUAUUUUUUUUAGCAAUCAGUUGCUUCUCGUGACUUUGUACACGUGCAUAUUGAUUCAGUAAGGUUUCAACAUAGCUGCAAGAAGGCGAAGGCGAUUAAAACCAACACCGGCUGUCGAAAAAAAAUCAAUGACCGCAAUGAGCUUGAACUAACAAUGCCAAAUUUAUUUAUUUCAUGCAGCGCCUUAUACAAUAGGAAAUAUUUAAAAACGUAAAUUAUUUUGUUGAGAUUUGUUUAGUUUCAAAUUAGUUAUUACAUGGCUACUCCGUCACAACGCACAUUUCGGCCAAGUUACAGGAAUCCUAACGGAGAUAUUCAGUUCGAAAACAAAACGGCGAGUGCUGCUCGCUCAAGAGAUCAACUUAUCACCUGCAUGCUUAUUUUAAGCUUAAGUCUCGCCGCACUCUCAUCUAGUUUUACGAUUCAUUUAGCGAUAGAGAAUUACAAGCGGAUGCUCGAGAACAAGGAGCUACUGAUGAAAAUAGAUUUGCUGAAUAAGGAAGUCUUCAACCCUGAAAAAUUAACCGCAGCAAACGCCAUCAAUGAUACGUCGACAGCGAGCUGGCACUCUGUUAAGGAGACACCUAAGCAGACAACGGAUUCGCUAUCUGAUGCUGAAGUGACCAAUGGAACAAAAGCGAAAUUCAAAUGCUGCGACAAUGCGCAAACGAAGACAACUCUCUACCCACAUCGCUACUACGUGGCAAAGUUUCGCGAGAUUGGGGAUUCGCUGCGGGAAUUUCAAAGCGGCCAGAGAUUUUUAAGACAGCAAAUUCACCAACGUUUAGGAGCACUGGAUCGUCAAUACAUGGGCAUCGUCAGAAACAUGGAAUAUCACGUUGCUUUCCAUGCAAUUUUGGGACAAGAUUUCUCGCCGGGUCCCACAGGCGAGAUCAUUCGCUUCGAUCAGAUCACCAUGAAUGACGGGGGCGGAUUCGAAUCGGGUUAUUUCAGGUCACCGGUGACGGGACUCUAUCUGGUUACAGCCCACAUCCUCUUGCUAAAGCGAGAUGCGCGUGACAGCCUACCGCGCAUCAACGUCGUUCUUCGCAAGAACCACAGGCCGUACGCGUCGCUAAUAAGACAGAACUUUGGCGGGAUUAAUCCAAACGGUACAGUUUAUCACACAGGGGGUGUAUAUGACGCAUUGGUACCGUAUGUGGAUAUCAUCAAGCUUUCCGCUGGCGACGUCAUUGACUUGUUCGUGGAUGGAGCUUCGCGGUGGAGCGUAGCUGGACCACGUAACCUUUACCGCAGCGAGUUCGCGGGCGUUUUACUUCGCAAGAAACUGACUUAGCUUCCCACGCGGGAGCGUUAAUGCUUCAUGCUGGUCGAUAGAUGACGUGAACAACGCGUUCCGAGUGACAGGAAUGAAAUCAAAACACCCCAAGCAUACUUAAAACAAAUACGCCGUGGCGAAGAAACGUCAACUCAAUUUAGAAAGUUCUUUACCGACUUUUUAAACAUUUUUUCGUGUAAUAUUGCGAACACUGUGUAAGGACUACAAUAAAAAUAUUUUACGCGUAACAUGUGAAAUGUUUUAACGUACAGAUAUGCUGUUCUACAUCAAAACAAAGUUGAACUACAAUAGUUAUUAAUAUCACUUUCAUAAAGGUUUUUACUGCUAUACGAAAUAUCACGAAAGAUUGUUUUUAUCAGCAUUUUACGCACACUGUCAUAGCUCUUUGGUGUCACCUAACGGUCAAUAAAAAUAAUGUAAGAAAGCAGAACGAGUUUUGUAACCAAGUUAUUACACGAACUAUGUAAAUUUAGGUAGUGUACUUUUAAACUGCACAAUUGUUUGUAGUGUUGCAAAUUAGGAAAACUAAAAGGUUUUAUUUAACCGGAGUAUUUUCAUUUUUUAUAACAAACCUAAAACAGUUUAGUGUUCUGGACAUUUAGUAUAAAAUGUACCAAAGUCAAUGAAGUUUAAGCGUCGACCCAAUAAUUCUUGCCUAGAGCAAACAAUUUCUAGAAGAUUGAGAUUUAUGGAGAGUAACAACACAGAUAGGACAGUUUUGCGGUGACCUACCCUGCCCUGGGGCGCACGCAAAGACUUCGUGGAAAAGAACAGACUUGAAUUGUUCGGUAGUAUUGUGCGUGGCGAUCAUGCCACGUCACUGGAAAUCUUAAACGACUGCAAGCACAUGCUUUUAUUGGCCAAAUGCGAAUGGUUAGUUCACAGCAAGAAAACUACAACUGUUGUUAAUAACCUGUAUUACCGGGAAUACAAUAUGCCAGAGUUGAGGUUUGUACAACACAUUAUUUCCUAUUGGGUGGCAAAACACCACACGUGUGCGUUCAGCACUUUUACCAAGACAACAAGAAAUAUAUAGCAGGGUGGGGGAAGACGGGGCACUUUUAGCAAAUAACAUC